GGAAUAUGAUACUUCUAUAAUUAUUCAUUAUUAUUGUAUAUACAUAUGAGAUGAUAGAGAUAACUUGGUAUUCACAUCAGUUUUCAUGGUCUGUUCGCCUGUUCAAAUAGCCGCCAGAUUAUGGCACGGUGCUCCGAAAAGUUUAUUAAAGAUGGGUCCGCUCGAAAGUGCCAAGAAAAUUGCGGCUCAUAAAGCCGUGAACGAAUAUGUCCAGAAUAACACUGUGAUUGGAAUCGGUAGUGGAUCCACUGUGAUUUAUGCUAUUCAAAGACUUGCUGAACGUGUCAAGGAAGAAGGACUCAAUGUAGUCUGUGUUCCUACAUCAUUUCAAGCUCGUCAACUUAUAUUAGAUAAUCAUCUAACUUUAGGCGAUUUAGAAACUCAUCCAAAGCUGGACUGUACAAUCGAUGGGGCAGAUGAAGUUGAUGCUGAAUUGAAUCUCAUUAAAGGUGGUGGAGGAUGUUUAUUACAAGAAAAAAUUGUAGCUUCCUGUGCGCAACAGUUUGUUGUCAUAGCAGAUUAUACAAAAAACUCACAAAAACUUGGCGAGCAAUAUAAAAAAGGAAUUCCUAUUGAAGUAAUUCCUAUGGCAUAUGUGCCGAUUCAAGAUAGAAUUGAAAGAAUAUAUGGAGGAUCUGCAAAAAUUAGAAUGGCUCUGGCAAAAGUUGGCCCGGUAAUAACAGAUAAUGGUAAUUUUCUCUUGGACUGGCAUUUUCCACAAGAUAUAACUAAUUGGGUUAAAGUUAAUCAAGAAAUAUCUCUGAUACCUGGAGUUAUAGAAACUGGUCUAUUUAUAAAUAUGGCUGAGAAAGCUUUCUUUGGUAUGCCAGAUGGUAGCGUGAAGGAACAAAGUUCAAACUUCCCUAAGAUUUAAUAUAUAUUACUAUGCAAAUUAUAUUUUCUUCAAAUCACCUUUGAGCAAUAAUAUUUUGUCUACACAGUGAAUCUUAUAUAUAUUAUCAGCAAAAAUCUUUCGCACCUUUUCUUUGGAAUAUUAAUUUUCAUUUUUUACCAUAUGUAUUAUUUUAGUUGCAUUGUCACUUUUUUAUAUUCUUGUUUGUUUAUAUCCCUGUUUUUAUAUGUCUAUUUUACAUAAAGACAUAAUUUUGUGAUAGUUUUUUUUACCAUCGUAUAACAUUGUAAUUAUUUUUAUAGUUAUAAUCAAAGAAAUAGUU